AUGAAUGAUAACGGCUUAACAGAUCUGGAUUCCUCCUGGGGGAAAGCUGGAAAUCUCCAAAAUGAUGAACCAGUUAAGAACUCAGAACUUCAGAUCCAGGAGCCGGAGCAGGACCCGGUUCUGGUGUGGGUCCCAAGCGGGAGGCGUCUGAUCUCAGGUCUGCUGGGUCUGAAUGUGAUGCUGCUGGGGGCCGCCCUGGUGGCCGGGCAGGCCUUCAACCCUGAGGGCCUGAAGCACCAGGAGCCCCAGGUGUUCAUGCUGCUGCUGAUGGGGGCCAGCAUUCUGUGGAUGCUGUGGUACCUGCUGUGGGCCAGUAAGCAGCCUGGCAUCUGCCCACACAAGGACCACCACGCCGGGGGAAUCACUGUCACCGUGGUGCUCAUGCUGUUUGCUGCAUUCAGUCUGCUGCUGUAUAUCUUCAGGGUUGGUUAUUUGAUCAGUAUGAGGGAGUGUAAGCCCGCUGCUAAAGUGCUCUCUCCAUUCAUCGAGGCUCCCUUCCUCGCGCUGCAGACAUAUUUACUGUGGGCUCACUCCAAAGACUGCAUUCACAGACAUAAGAUCAUCACCAGGUCGGGGCUGAUGGUCAUCCUCUCCGCUGACCUGGUGCUGUGGCUCAACGCCGUGACGGAGGACACCAUCCACGAGGAGAUCGAGUUAGAGAAAGAAGACCGGCUGGACUUCAGCAACAUAAACUCAUCUGAAGCAGACAGCUCUGAUUUAGCAGGACUUGCCAAUUCCACCUGGUGCCAGUGCAGUGUGAGUGCAGGCUGCCUGAUCUUCAGGAAAGGCUUCGAGAUCCUCUACCCCUUCAACAUGGAGUUCUACCUGAUGGCAGGCUGCUUGAUCUACGUCAUGUGGAAGAAUGUAGGCCGCAGGAUGAGUCCGGGCCCCCACCACGAGUCUCAGAAGCUCACCUUCCAAGUUGUCUACCAAGGGGGGGUCAUAUACGGGCUGGUGUUGGGGGCCCUGGUGCUCGCAGCUGGGGUGGCCGUCUUCAUUCUCUACCAGGUCUGGGUGGGGCAGCAGCAGCUCCGCCUCACCGCCUUCCACAUAUUUUACGGGUACCACCUGGCCGUGAUGCCCGCCAUGUCUCUGUGUUCCCUGGGCGGGAUGCUGGUCUACAGGCUGGAGAGGAGGGCCAACGAGGGGGGGCACAACCCCACCCGCAGCCUGGAUGUUCUGCUCCUGGUGGCAGCUUCUCUGGGUCAGCUCGCCCUGUCCUACUUCUCCCUAGUGGCGGCGCUGGCUGUGGGGACCCAGAGGCCCCUGGGGGACCUGGACCUGUCCUACUCACUCCUCAGCCUGCUGGAGCUCAUCCUCCAGAACAUCUUCAUCAUCGAAGGCCUGCACAGGCACCCCAACCUCUUCGCCAAGAGGAAGGAGAAGCAGCGGAGCAGCAUCUUCAAGCCUAAGAAAAAGGUUGCUGCUCAAACACCAGAAGAGAGGAAGACAGAUGUUUCGCUACUGGAGGGGAACACGUCAGCUGCUGCUGAAGAGCAUGAUGGGAAAAAACCCUGGACCAAAAGAGCCAUACAAGAAAUCUGUGCCUUCCUCAUCCUUUCUAAUGUUAUGCUGUGGGUGAUCCCUGCGUUUGGAGUCCACCCCCAGUUUGAGAACGGCCUGGGGAAACAGUUUUUCGGCUUCUCCGUGUGGUUUGCUCUGGUGAACCUGGGUCAGCCGCUCAGUGUUUUCUACAGGAUGCACUCAGUGGGGGCUCUGAUGGAGCUGCUCAUCUCUGCCUGACCUGCAGCAGAGGCAUAACUCUGACCACAUGACUGUUAUAGCAGGAAAUAUACAAAGGUUUAGUGGAAAAACAACAUGAUACUCACUUAUAAAUGAGUUGGUUUAUGUAUGAAAUGUAAGUUUGAAAAAGAGUUUGAGGAUUUUCUUUCUUUUUUAGGCUGUUUUUCAUGUUUUUUCCCUUUAGUUCCAAUAGUCCUUAAAAGCUUAAAGGUGGGGUAGGUGAUUCACUUCAGAAACACUUGUUAUAUUCCAU